GUAUAAUGCGCGAUAGUUGUUUCUAUAUUAAUACAGGAGUUGUACUACAAGGCUAAAACAAGAUAUCGUGUGUUCGUGCGCAUUGGAUGUUAACCCGAAGCGUUCGAAGCUACUACGGCUGUCGGGGUUUAAGUUUUAAAAGAAAUAAAGAACUAAAGGAAGCUUUAAUUAAUAAUAACCAGCGUUACGAUUUAAAAGGGAUUUUAUUAUGAAUGAUUAUUUUACGAAAAUGUUGUGUUUGUAGUAGGUGGAGGAUUUGAAAACGCGUUUUGCAACAGAAAGAGAGCAUGGUUUAAUAUCACUGUAAAGAAGCCAAAGAGAAAUCAAAGACAAGCAAAAGGCUGACAGUGCUUGGAAAGUGUUUGAAGCACGCUUAGAAUACUGUCCAGAAAUUUAAUCGCGAUGUCGUCAGGAGGCUCCGUGACGUCAUCGCGCGGCGCGUGUUGUGAAAAUGGCCGCCCAAUAAUGACUGACCCGCACACCGGGCAGACGAUCUGCUCCUGUCAGUACGGGACGGCGCUCCUCAAUUACUCGCGCGUCCAGGGCCUCCAAGAAGGGGUCUACGGACCUUCUGCUGCCGCCGCCGCUGCCUACGCGGCCAGCGCCGCUCAGGGUUACGUGCCCCUAGGACCGGAAGGAUCGGCCUUCUACUCUCCACUAAAUCCUUCCGCAGCGUUCGAUCUGAAGGAGGGAUCGGAGACUUGGCGCGCGCUUGCUAGUCAGGGAGGCUGCUUCCCUUACGAUCCAAGCCUGACCCUGUACCCGUAUGGCGCCGGGUACGGUGGCCUUGACCUUAACUCGCGCCGGAAGAACGCCACGCGCGAGACGACGAACACGCUGAAGGCUUGGCUCUAUGAGCACCGGAAGAACCCGUACCCGACUAAGGGCGAGAAGAUCAUGCUCGCCAUCAUCACCAAGAUGACCUUGACCCAGGUGAGCACGUGGUUCGCGAACGCCAGGCGGCGCCUGAAGAAGGAAAACAAGAUGACGUGGUCGCCGCGCAAUCGAUCUGAAGAUGACGUCAGCGGUGACGAGGAGAUGGAUCCGAAAUUGACCGGAAGUGAGUCGGACAGCUCCCAUAAUAACGCAGCGUCAGAUGAUACUAGAGAAAGACGCCAUUCUUCGGACAGGGAAGUGUUUGAAAGAAUCAUCAGUGUCGAUGAUGAUGACGACAGCGAUAGAAGUGAGUUGGGUGACGGCGAUGAUUUAGACCGUACCAGCGAAAAACUUCUAAAUUUAUCUCGGGACAGUGAAUCGGAACGACUGCACGAUUAUAAAAAUAGUAACGAGAGAGACGGUCUCGUUUCAAAAUCUCCAAGGGAAACCAAUGUUGAGGCUGUGGACGAAAACGCAAUUAACAACAAUGUAAAUAAAGAGAAAAAUGAUGCAGUGGCAAAUGGACCUACAAGACCAAAAAUAUGGUCAGUGAUGGACGUGCUUGGAAAUAAAGACUCAUCUAGUUCGACGAAAUCGUCAACACCGCAAAACUCUUCGCCGGCAAUAGUAUGCUCCAGGCAGAUUAAUGGACCGGCGUUUUUAAACGCCCACCACAACAGUCAAAACUUCCGAGUGGGUCAGUACCCGAUGGGGUUAAACGGAUACCCGUUUUCUUUCAGUCACGCCACGCUUUCAUACCCGUAUACUCUUACAACCGCCACGGCUGCGGCGAAGUCAGACUUGUCUCACAUGGCGGCUCUACGUGCCGAUGCACAGGCCUUUAAAGAGGGACUAGUUGAAAAGGCGACCCGCUUACAGCCCGGAAUAUUUUCGCCCGCCCGAGAAUUGGACGGGUUGCGUGUUCGAAGCAAAAUUGUUUUGUAAUCGGUUUGCAUAUUUCCGUAUUGUUUGAACAGUUCUGUUCAUUCAUUAAAAGCGAGUAAUCGGCCCGGCUGUUCUCAAAACGACCUCGUGCUAAACGCUUGCAAUAACUUUUUGAUGCUUUAAUACUUGAUCGAUCAAACUAUAUGAAUUUCUUGAUAUCAGUUUUUUAAAUGAAGCUUAGUGUAAAUCACGACGUGCAAUCGUCUUUUUUUCAAAAUCCGAACAUUAAAUAAAAUUUACACAAACAUUUAGCAGAAAGCACACGUGUUUUUCGUUGUGUGCCGUGCUUUGUAAAAUGGGGGUUUAAUGCAUGUGUGUAAAGUGUCGUCCCAGAUUAGCAUGUGCAGUUCGUACAGGUUAAUCUGAGAAAACACUUUCCGCCUAAACUGGAUUUUUGCUAAGAAGAUACUUUCUUCAAACAGAAAAUAUCAUAAAAGCGGAAAGUGUCGUCCCUUAUUAGCCUGUGCGGAAUUCACAGGCUAAUCUGGGACGACACUUUACGCACAUGUAUUAAGCCCCUUUUUCACAGAACAUGACCCAAUUAUAUUAAGUCAUGUAAUGUUCUAAGCGCGGUGCACGUUUAGAGAAAUGUUUACUGUGUAGACCCAAUCCCUAUUCCUAAAAUGUGCUAUCGUUUGAUUCGUUUGAAUGAGUGUUUAACAGUGUUACGAGAGAGGCCGUUAACGCAAUAUAUAGUCAAUAUUUAUUUCAACAGUCAACUAUUAUUGUACAGUUUAACGUAUACCUAUACGUGCAGAAUUUAAAUAUCGCUGCAUCUCGUUUGGCGGUGUAACAUUAAACGCUCGGUAUGUAUUUUAUAUAAUUAAAUAAAUGCUAAUUUAUUGCAAUAUAUGUGCUUAGUUUAAAAGCAGAGAAAGUGCUUCUUCGUUUAAAUAUUUUACUGGUUUGAAUAUCCGGAUUGCUUUUUGAGAAUUCGGACAGACAUGAGUGAUAUUCGGAUAUCCUCUUAACCGAACAUUCAUUAUCGUGCGUAUGUGCUGUACGUAUAAGAAAUUUAAAUGAAUUAAAUAGACGAUUUUCUCAAUAUACGAGUUAACUUAUACCCUGGUUUUGAUGCUUUACACAACUUCAUGUAAGAAUAUGUUGUUUUUCUCUUGAUAUGUUGAAAAGUCUUGAUUUAAAUUUAACCUCAAAUGUUUGAUCUACAUUCGAUGUACUUAUAACCAGUAUGAGAUUAUGAAAUUAUUUUUAUUUACGUUAUUUUGUUACUUGUGUUUCAUUUAUUUUGUUGACGUUUGAAAUGCUCUGCAUGCAUUCAUAUCUGCAGCCGUACUUUGUAGCAUCGACAUUGUUUAAGUUCUUAUUGUGAAGAAAAUAUUUAAUUAAUAAUAAUCAACAAUUAAAAGCUGAAAUGUGUUGUUUCCAAUAGAAUAUCGAUUUUAUUUACCACUGAUGACAGCAUACAAUAUUAAUAUGUUCUGCGAGCAUGGUUACGUAAUAUUUACGACAACAUACUGCCUUUAUUGUACGCUUUUUAGUCUGGCUUCGUACACGAUCCGUUUCAUUAACCAUAUUGACCAGUUUCGACGAGCGAGAUUGUUUGUAUUUUCGACUGACCUGUUAAGUUAUAUUUAAUCCGCUUUAAUAAAAAAAAGCUGUGUACCUUA